AGCUGGAAUGAACGUCAAAUACAUCAAAGUUCCUUUUCAACUGGGAAUCUCGACACAAAAUACAAAAAGUAAGUGACCGUAUAAAAUCUAUUUGCUGUAAGUUAUGGGAAAAUGCUGCAUUCUUAUAUUUGGUUCCUUGGAGCGAUUGAAUGUAUAUACUACUAGCCAUCAAAUGUAUAUACUACUAGCUAUCGAAUUCGCAUCAUCAAUAGUGACGCUGUUUUGAAUAAUCAAUUGUGAUGCUUUGUGAUCAGCCAGACUAAAAGCCAAAUUAAAUUUGUUGUAAAUAUCAUCCAUAUUUUUAUUAUUAUAUUCUUAAAUCAAGCUUUACCUGUUUAGGAUUAUGAAGGAGGUAAAAGAUGAGUGUGAGGUGAGAGUUUUCAAUGAUUCUUCAACUUGUCGCAUAACAAUCUGACAUUGUAUGUCAUGGUGGGAACACAUUAGAUGAUAUUAAAUUACCCUAUUAGUGAUAUAAACCUUCGAUAGGAAGAGAAAACAAAAAAAAUCAUAAAAUAGGACAACAGGAAUUCCUUUUUUUUUAAUGAUCGCUUGACAUUCAAGGUAUACCUACAGGUACGUGCAUGGUAUUUUACAAAAUGUAUGUAAAGUUAUUUAUACAUAUAAGAAUUAGUUUACGUAAAACAGUUAAUAUGUUUAAAAUAGGCUUAUAAUUUUAUACAACCUAUUUUCUCUAAGAGUUACUAACGUGCAAGUAUUGACGGUGUAUUUUGCUUUUCGUUCCACAGGACCACGGUAUUUCGUCCGACGAGGAAGCUUCAGGUAAUUAACUAGAAAUACAUGCAUGUAGCAAACCCUCGCAUUUUCAAAUCGAACAAGUACAUGUACAUGACAAAUUGUAUACUGUAGUUCCCCUCAUUAAACCAUUGAGGCGACGAUUACUGUAAAACUAUGUAAGUUAAACAAAAUCCAACUAUCAUACUGUAUUUGAGGAUAUCCAUGUAUUUUGUUUGCUGAGGCAAAGAUAAUGAUAGCUAUGCAUAGUAACAUCAUUUUUGACUCACGGAAGUAACAUCAGUGAGUAUGACCAGCCUACUUUGCGCGCAUUAUUUGCCUGCGAAUUGGGCCUUUCAGAACCGGAAAUCGGGCUGGAGCACGCGUUCGUUCUUUUGAUUUGACAAAAGAAGUACGACAAAUGGCAAAAUUCCCACGGUGCCCGUUUGCAAAAACAACUGCAAACUGCUCUAAUUCUUUCUGUCACUUUCAUUUGAUUUCAUCUGUGAGUCGGCCUCAACGGUCUUUUAUUAUAUUUUUUCUACAAAGUGAGAAACGGAAUCGAUAGAUUUAUAUACUUGUUUUAACAAAUAUAAUUUUGAAUCACCGGAAUAUAUAAUGUAGAUUUUUGUUAGACAUUGUACAUAAACUUCACUUUCAACUGUUUUAAGCCUAGACGUUUGCAAAAACAUUUUGAAAUGUUCAUAAAUUAAAGUUAAUACGCGAUCGAGUUGGCGAAUUUUUUUUUUUAAUCUUUGAAACGAAAUUAACUAAAUUCUGUUCUCGGUUAAACCGAACUAAAUUCUGUUUUCACAACGUUUUCAGCCAUGUUUGUCUUUUUUUAUUUUUCUCACAGCGAACCCCGCUUCACUGGGUUUUUUCUUAAAACUAAAAACUAUUUUCUGAUGUUUUUAAAAUUUUGCCAGUAACAAUCCCCCUUAUUUUUGAGAUCAGUGGAAGGUGAACCCAUGAACAGCUACGCGCCCACGAUCAUUGAUGGACUUCUCACUCCGCUAGCUUUCCUGGAUAUAGAUUCAUGUCUCGCUGUUUAUGAGUUAGGGUUAGCGGUUAGGGUUUAGCGAGACAUGAAUCUAUAACUGUCAUUUACUGCUUUCCUUUUCCUGGGUGUAAAUAGCCGAGCGGUUACUGUAUAGCGUUACUGCAUGCAUUAGUAGGAUUAUUUACAUCUAGCUUUUCUGUCGAACAUAUUGUUAUGCGAAAUUUUUAAAACCGAGCAUGCGUCGUAACAUAGUUAUCUACAAUCAUGCAUUGAAGUACGUACAAAUUCAAAUUAUGUGGUAAGAGCUUUGGUUUAGUACUGUAGUUGAAAUUUUCCGUGUUAACAAAUAACCAUCGCUCGAUACGUGUACAGUAAUCAUUUUUCAACUCUAUUUCAUACGAAUCCAAUAAUUCUAUGACUAUAUAUACAUGUAAAGGAUCUUUACUGUUAUUAAAAAUGCUACAGAUGCGCGACCAGGAUUCAUAAUAAAGUUUCUGAAACGUUAUCACUUUACCUGUCGAAGACUGCAGACUGCAUGGCAGUCGAAAGGGAUCAGAGAACGUUUCAGAAACUUUAUCUUUACUGUUAUUACAUCACUUUCCUAGAUAUGAACACCCAGCAGCAAUUCGUGUUUAAUGGCAGCGAGACAGGGCAGAUGUCUGGCAUUCGAGAUUCUGUGGUCAUGACGCCGGCUGCAGUAUCUACCCCUGGGGCACGACUCAUGGUUACUGACGAAGAUUACUAUAGAAUGUUGCAGAACCAUAAACGGAAACGAAUGAAGAGAGAGGUAGAUGAAUAUGUCUUCGAUCUCAUGGGAAUUGUCAGAGAACGCCAUGAUGAAAGUUUGGUUUCCCCAGGCAAUACCGUUUGCUGCAUGCCGUAUUAACAUUCGGUUAUAGACAUUUCCUGUAAAAGUUCUCUUGUCAUCAAGUAAAUAGCAUGUGUUGGUUUAUCCUGAGUGUCAAAUUUUGUUUCGUUUUCCAAAAGAUUUGGUUAGAAGCUAACUUAUUUAAAUUGUUCAAACUAACAAAAAUUCGUUUAAGAAUCAACAUUUUGACCUCGAUAGUCCCGCUUAUAGCGGUUCAGUUUUCAAGGUAUUAAAGUUUCAAAUAUUAAAGGUGAAAGUUUCAGAAACAAUAGAAUCAAACAUUCCGUUAAUCAUUCAACAAAAACAACUAAAUUUAUACAAAUUAUUUUGAAGCCCAUUCUUCCUAUUAUCCUUUAUGGGUUCAUCGCUGUUACAGUAAAACUGCAUAUUGUAUAAGAAUUACACGCCCAGUGUAAUUACACAUGCAUGCACUAGCUACCCGCAUGCAAAGUGGCACUCUCACCCUUCUUUGUGUAUCUUGAAAGUACAAUAGACCGCUUUCAUUUAUACGGAUGGGUUUAAAUGUUCCUUUAUGUCUUAAUAAGCCUUCUUAGACUAGUUCAAGGUUAAAAAAUUCUGUUCAAUUUCGGUUACAAAAACGAGGCCGAGAAGGGUUAUUAAAAUGUACGGAAAAGAAUAAAACCUAUCUGUAUUAUGAAAGUGGCUUUUUGGCUUGUUUUAUUUACGAUCAUUGAAUUGUUGUUUGCACUUUAUAAUUAAGGUUUUUCCUGAGCUUGACAUUGAGGGGAUUACAUUGGAGGAUAUUAUUUCCAGGACGAAUCUCACUGCAAGAAGGGCGUCGAAAACAGGUUGGCUUUAAUUAAGUACAUUUGCAUGUACAAGUGAAGUAGUAGCAUUAACAACUUGCGAUAUCGCUUGCUGUAUCGGCUAAAGUUUGUUUACGAAGAAAAAUGAUUUAUCAAGGUUUGUUAUCUCAUAUACUGUUUUGGACGACAAAUAGUAAACAUUAAUUGACAACAUCGUUUGAUUUUUUAAAGUUGUGAAAAGGAAGUACAAAGUAAAAGAGAAAAGAGAACAGAAGAAAAAGUUUAAGAAGAAACGAACUGUUCCUAAUGUCGUUCCCAAGCCCUUGCCACCAGCUCCGCCUCCUGCCUCUCCUCCUGUUAUCCAAAGACCAAACGAAGUUGAACCGAUGAUCGAACAAGGCACUAUUGCUGAUGUUAAGAGGUAUAGUGGCAAUUUAAAUCUGAAAUAGCUGUAACAUUGCAGAGCUUGCAUGUGCACUAUCCAGUGAUUACAUAGCUUAUCAUGUGAUCAAGGUCAUAUGUUAUCGACAUUGAGGAUCACUGUUGUAACAAAUCCACAAACGAAACACGAUAAUAUUUAUAUAACAUUUAUGCAAUUAUCCGAUGAUUCCGGAAUGAAAUGCCAGACACGUCGCUUUCCCUCCGUACUUUUUAUAUUGCUUGACCUUUCUAAACUUGGAAAGUUUGACUUAAUUAUUGAUUCCCCUCGCCCUGAAUUUGUAGGAAUACCAGACACGUCGCUAAAUAAUUCACCUAUGACUUCAGAUUACCUAUAGUCGUUCAAAAUUCAAAUUACCAAUAUCCUCAUCUAAUGGGUUAUGGGGACUAGUAAAAGAUUCAAUCUGCCAAGUUAAAAUGUUAAUCAGUUAUUAUCGGGCGAGGGAUUUGUGUUAAUGUAUUUCUCGUUAAAAUGAAAUAGUAUACCUUACGUUGUUGCAUAUAGUCAUGCAUUAAUUGUCGCCACUUUAACCUAACCGCCCUUCAUUUGGAUAUCGUCAACUCAAUUUUGGCCUAAAACGACGAAAUUUCGCCGUUUUAGUGAAUUACGUGUAUUGCGCGGGAUCGAUUUAUGAUAUGCACCCGUUCCUGAGAUUUUGUGUCACGAACAACUCAAAGAGCAUAUGCGACUUUGCCGCUACAUGUAUGUAAUGAAAAUGGCUUUAACACAAAUUGAUUUUUCAUAACCGUAGUUUCAAAAUUUGAGCUGUAUUAAAUUAACAACAUGCAUGCAUAAACAAUUUAAAAGAAACAUUCCGCCCGGAUUAAUGAACGUUGUAAGCGUCAUGACGUAAAAUAGUCGCUGCAAUUAUAAAAAUAGGUUUUUCGAGAAAGCUUACUGCAUAUAGUAUUAUUAAAGUCAGUUUGAUUUUCAUUAAAUUUUUAUUUUUAAUAAUUUAUCUGUAAUUUUAAUAGAUUUAAAGUACUUUUAGGCAAGUUAUUGAAAUUAUAUCCUAUAUAACUACUGAAUUAAACGACAGACAAGGAUUCAGAAAAAAUAAUAAAGCUUUGUGCAAUACAAGGAAAUACAAAUAGAUGUUUCCAGUAAAAUGCCGUUUAAUGCUUCGAUAAACGUGAUAUUCUUGUGUAUUGUAAAUGGUAUUUCCAUGAUUACGGGGAUAUUCCUUAAUUCCGUGGUGAUAAUCUGUCUAUGGAGAUCAUCAAAACAUCGAAAGAAACUAUGCUACUUUAUGAUUCUCGUUUUGUCCUGUUUUGAUCUGCUUGUAGUCAGCAUUACUCAUCCAAUCGUUGUACUAGCAACAGUUUCCCUGGCUUUCCAAGAUUAUAACGAACUGCUCCUGCAAGUCGCGGUAUUUAUUUUGAACAUUUUACAUGGUUUCGCGAUGUUUGCGCUUUUGGCGUUGAAUGUGGAAAGGUUCCUAUCAAUAACUCGGCCAAUUUUCCAUCGAAUAUAUGUCACAAAGAGGAGGCUUUUGUCUAUUUUAACAUUUUUGCAACUUCUAAUAGUCAUUCUUUCGACAUUUUGUUUUCAAGAGCUGUUAAUAUCGGACCACGCCGUAAUACUUCUCUUUCUUGUUACAUUGCUAUUCUUUUUUCUUUACUUAAACUACAGAAUGUUUCUCGUUGCGAAACAACGGGAAAACAAAGUUGCGACUUCUGGAUCACCCACCUCGUGUGGUCAGGAAAAGAAAAGACAUACGGAGUUUAAGAAAGCGUUCACGUGUUCCUUGGCGGUUAUCUGUUUCUUGCUCUGCUCUCUUCCUGGGAUAGUAAUUUCUGGGUUAUGUUUGGCAUGGAAUACGUCGUUGUAUGAUGAAAAAGUGUUACAUUUCACUGUGUGGUUGCCCACAAUUUCUAGUAUUAACUCGACAUUCAAUUGCCUCGUAUUUUUCUGGAAAAAUUUAGUCCUGCGUCAUGAAGGAAUGAAGAUAGUAAAGUGUUUUCAACAGGCGAGAACAUAAAUUUUGCAUAUGAUUAUUCGAGACAAAGAAUGCAUUCAAUUUACCUGCAUAGGUCCGGACGAAGGUCUCUUCUGAGACCGGAGGAAAAUUGUUUUGCAGUACGGGCGGUUUGCAACGAAACUUGACAAGUUUCUUCGUUUUCAUUCACCAGGAAAAGCUAGUGACCAAAAUGCCUUAACGAAGUAAUAUUAUAAUAAUGCUAUUUACCGUACUGUUGUAUUUCCAAUGGUUUCAAAAUUCAAUCGUCUAAACGGUGCAGUCUGCUCGAACUUUUAAACAUGUAAACGUAUUAUCGUUGAAGAGAAAAACGAUUGCCUUCAUCUUUCAAUUUUUCUUGCUUGAACAAAUGAAUUAAUUUCGUUUGUGUUCAAGUUUGUUCAAGUCAGUUUUGUCUCAAUCUCAUACCCAGGCUCUUUCCUCUACGUCUGGGUACGAGGUUGGUUUUAUCUAUGUUAUCUAGAAUAAUCUUUAGCGGUAUCAAAAAAUGUUUAACAUUAGAAUAACAAAAAAUUCGUUAUUUCCAGGUGAUUUGAACUCGCAUCAUCGAGUCUCUAUUCACUGAGCUAUCGAACUAAUGGGGAUUGGUGACGAGUUUAUUUCAUUUAAGUACACAGAAUAUUCUGAAAUAGAAUUUAAUCACUGCACGCGUCCUCCGAGAUAAGCGUUGAGUCGCUACGACAUGUAAUAUCGUAAAUUUGCCUUUCUCACGCCAUGCUAAUGUCUAUAUGCCUUGUCCGCCAUUUUUGGGUGGAAAGUCGCGCAGCAAUAAAAGACGACAAGAAGUAAAUAAUACUUAUAAAUAAUUAUAUAAAUCUUGAACUUAUACUUACAAAAAAUGUCUAAUGAUUAAAAAUGUCUGCGAUUUAUAACUUGUGUUCUUUUAUUUUAAAAUACCCUGUGGGUAUUGUUGUUUAGUGUCGGAAGUACCUGAGAAAUAAGAAGAACAUUCUUCAAUGUUUUGAGUGAAGAUUCUUUUAUCCGUUCUCCCUGCAGACCACAGCGUUGAAAUGCGGCAACCAUACGUCCAAGAUAAUCAUCAUACAUGCAUCAUACCACUAGCACGCGCAAAGUACAGCAAGGUUAAGCCCCGAUCAAACGUGGACGAGAGUUGGGAUAUUUCCAGCUCUUGAUUAACAAAGUAAAGGUUCGCUCUGAGUUAAAUAAAAUACAUGAUAGUAUUGGGAAAGCACAAAGAACAGCUAACCAAGGCCGCGUGACUGCCAACUCACAAGCACUCUCAUCCUCGUUUGAUCCGGGCUAUAUAGUUACCACACAAAAGUCGGAUUGUACUGUGGGAGUAGCCCUGUCAAUAUAGGGUAAUUCAAUACCUUACGUAAAUGGCUUCUCUUUUUAACGUACACUGCCCUCCUUGAAUCGAAAUAUAAUAAUCAAUCGUACACUAUUUUUAGUUACAAGGUCAUGGAAAGCAGCUGUCCAUGUUUCUUCUCUCUACUUCGCGAUAUAUUUUUGGAUCUUCCAGAUGCAACUGCUGAAUUGGACCAGGUAUAUGUUCAACUCUAAACUUGUAUAGCUGAAGUCUUCAAAUAUUAGUCUUUAUGGAUGAUUUUCCCAAUGUCUAGUAUACUUGAUUUUUAUUUGGUUGUAACAGCCAUAAACAUUUGGAAUUCGUCAUUUUAUAGUCGCGGAAGGGUUGCGCACUUCCCUUUGAUUUCCCUUGACGGUGUGUUGACCCCGAGUUAUAAAUUUUGUAUAUCAUAUCAAACAUUGAUGAUUAUUGGAAUAAAAAAUAUACCAUGAUUUGUGCCCCUAAAUUUUGAUGUAACGGCAAUCUUUGGAGGUCACCCUCAAGGUCAGUUUACACUAUACGCUCAAUUUUGGCACUCGUACAUUUUUAUCCCGGAAAGAUUUUGGUGCGGGUGCACUGUCCUCCGCAGAGGUUUUAUGUCACUUUAUUUAUACCUGGAAAAUAUAAGGUAUUCAGGUACAGGUAAUUGCUGCAUGCCUCAUAAUUUGUGGGUAUGUUGCCCGCGUGUUUAACUACAGUAUAUAUACUAACUACAGUACAGCCUUUGUGUUUCUAGCCUCUUCGGAGGUCGGAGGAGAGUGGUACGAGUGCCAUGCAGUGGUGCCUGUUAAGACAUCGUGUACCCCAUAUAAUACUUAAUAUACUUAUGGCAGAUUUUCAGGCUAUAACAACCGCGUGCAUGAGUAUGCAUCUUUUAGACUUUACUGUUUAUUCAUUUCUGCUCCAGAGGCCACGUUUCCAUUUAGCAAAGCUGACGCACAUGAAGGUUAAUAUCUUCGUGUUUUGUACACGGAUUUGCCUCUCUUGAUUGAUCUUGAGCCCAAUUACAAGUUUACACAGUAACUAGAGUUAAGGAAAUGUGGAAAGGAGAAACCUCGACAUAAAUAACGGCUGCAAGGGAGACUAGGCAAAUGUGCAAUAAACAGUACAGUCUAUUGUGUAAAACUCUGUUGAAUCGUAAAGCGCCUGUCUUGAACCUUUCGAAACUGAAUGGAUAUAUUAUGCAUUUGUGUACAAUCGUGUAUUUCAAUAAUCGACGGUGUUUGGUCGUUGUAUUGCAGUCCCCAUAAGCUUCCUACUAAUUAUAUAUUGCACUACUAAAUACGGUGUUCUCAUUUUCUUUUCUUAUUUAGCUAGAACGCAUGGUUGGAGAGUGGCAGGUAUACUAUAGAAACUCAAUUUACUUUAUAAGUCACCAUAUCAUGACAGGUUAUGAUGUCUAACCGAAUUGUGUUUGUAUUUUCUUCAGCAAUCAUCGUCUUGUGCUGCGAGUGCUUGGAGUACUAAAGAACGUAAUUGGAUAGAUCAGAUACCAUCUGCUCUCAAAUUUCUGGCUGGUAGUGGGAAAGGUGAUAAUAUUAUUGUGACUUUGUGAUAAUAGUGAUUUUGUUUUAAUAGUGGUUUUCACCAUUAAAUUUCGUAAUUGAAAACAGUAUCAUGAGAAUGAAUAAAAUGUAGACGUCUGUACAAGACAAGUAUACUUCCAGUGCACCUGUCGUGGCCCAUUGUUGUACCAUUAGCUUGAAUGAGUCAAAAUGAAAUACUACCAAGCACAUUUGUAGGACGAAAGAUUGUAGUAUGGUUAUUCAUUGAAUACAUCAAAGCAUAUAGGGUAAAGAGGUGGUUAAUACAAAAAAUAUUGCAAAACGCAAUUUACCGAUAUCAAAGGCAGACGAAUGAUAUUUUAUACAUAUCGAUCACGUGUUUAUACUGUUUGCACGAAUUUCGUUCCGUUUUCAAACUCUGCCGGUAUCGUGCGAACGGGUCUUAAUCUACUUGCUGAUUACUUCCGAUCAACAUAUAUGUGUGUUUUAAUUCUGUAGAGUACAUACAUGCAGUAUACUGUUGUUUAUCGAGAUAGCCCUCGCUUUUCAGUUUCCAUUAUGUUUCAUGUGGCUUCAUAUACAAUUACUUCGUCAUUUGUUUAGACGUAUCGAACUGUCCCCCGUAUAUACCAAUGGUGAUUUUUAAACAAAAAGUUCAUCAAUGGAAAUGGAUCGGUAAGUUUGGAUGAUUUUCAACGGCAGUCGCACACUAUCAAGCGAUCUUUACUGUCGACAAUAACACUUUCGAAAUUAUGUAAACCAUCUGAUCUCCCAUAUUAUACUAUUAAGAUCACCUUCUCUUAACGAAAAGAUUUUUUAAAAGCAGUGCAAUCGCUCAUACAAUAUGUGCCCGGUUAAAAACACGUUCCUUCCGAAAUUACUGUUUUAAACUCUUUUAAAUCCUGCAUCCAACGAAAUCAUUUCUUUGUGCCAAAACAACUUUAUGCGCAUAUAUUAAUAGAUCAUGUAGAUCUUGGACAUGUAUAGAUAUAGAGAUUCAACACGAAUAAUGUUUGUGAAUGUUUGUGUACAUUAGGAUAACUGGAUAAGUUAUUAACUGAUGUCUACUGUUACGUCAUAUCACACCUAAAAAAUUGUUACAUAUAUUCUCAUUCUUGACUACUUAUUCGAUUUCAACACCUCACAAAAAUAAUCAAUCAAUCAAUCGUUUAUUCACACAUAAAGGUAGUUACACAUUUUAUAAAAUAUAUUAUUAGAUAUACACAUACAAAUUUUACAACAUGAUUAUUUAGGCUAGAGUAGCACAUGCAGGCUUUCGAGCUACCCAAGUUAGAAAUUUCCACCAAAUAUUUCCUUCUAAAGAAAUUCUUAAAUUAACAAAUUCCUAAUAAUGACGUACCUAUGAUGCUUAAGUGAAUGAUAUAUGUGAAGAACUGGGUUCAUGUAUCCAUGAUUACAUAUAUUGAAUAUAUGAAUUGGUGCAUAAAUAACCCUUGAAAUUUGAUUGAGUGCAAUGCUCAUUAAAGGGUUAUUGUCAACCACAAUGCAUUUGUUUAUACAUCUUACCUUCGGAAGUGAAAAAUAGCAACAAAUGACGAUUAUAAAGAUUUCUUUGGUGCAAUUUUAGUAUAAAAAAGUUAAAAUGAGCAAGUAUAACCACAGGAUGGUAGUAAUAUAUUAUGGAUUGAAAACCAGAACAUCUAUUAUUCCGCCAUUGAAAUGAUCGCCAAGCAGGUUUGGGCGCACAAUGCAUUGUGGUUGACAAUGACCUUUAAUUAUUCGCGUAUCUUACGAGGUUAUUUUGGAUGAGUAUAACCAUUGCGUUUUUUUAUAAUGGAUUAAUGGUAUGGUAUUUCGUACAGGUACUUUCCGAGACACAGAUACCGAUCUUGUACCUUUGUUUGAGCACUGGCUGGACACAAAGGAUAAUGUUGUGGUGAGUUCAAAUUGCAAUUAUACAUGAAGUAUGUUACAAACCAACUACAAAAAUAAUGUGAAGGCAGUAGUGCUGCCUUUUCUAAACCUAGAGAUACUGGCUAACAACUCCAAAAAAUAAGUUCAGCUGGCUAUGUAAACCUGGAGUUAAUGACUAACAACUCCAAAAAUGACGAGGAGCGGGGAAGCUAGCUAUCUAAUAUUAUCUGCGCCGGCGUAGAAUAUGGCUAAUACCUCCACAAAAAUAAAAUCUGCAGGCGCGUGUACAGUAUUACAUUUCUCCUUUAUCUAGAGUAAUACUCAAACGUCUGCAGUGGGAGUCAUACCGUGAGUACAAUCUGUUUUCUUAAGAUAAUCUUCUUCGAUUACAAACAUGAGAAUGGUCCAAUACUAUAUACGAAAUGAUGCGAAUGGUAGUUUUGGUAAAUCCUGUUAUGGCACCGUCUUUUAUAUUUUCGAUCAAUGUCUGAACGGCGUUUUAAUAAAGUCCCCUUACUUCUUUAGACGCACAGAAUACGUUGUAGCACCAAGUACAGUGGUGGAAAAAACUGAGUAUCAAGUUCAGGUUUGUUGGGUAUUUUUUCAAGUAAAACCGCAAAGGGUUAGUUUGCUUUCUUCUCGAGAUAUUUAUUAACUUGAUGCGAGGAUGCAUGUGCAAAUGAUACAGUUGGCAUAUUUAAGAUAAUAAUAUUACGGGUAGCUUGUAUUGCUUUAUGGAUUGUGAUGUUUGGAACUAUUGGCUUUGAAAACUUUAAUUUAUGUCUUGUUUUCCUUAUAGGAGCGACAAAGAUAUGAAAACCCACAUAAACCUUUCAUUUACAAGAUGCAUGGAUUUGAGUCCAUAGUUGCUCCUGUGAAGGUAUUUACUGUAGUUCAAAUGCCAAUAUACAUUAUAAAAUAGUUAGAUAUGUAUUCUUUUAUAAUCAAAUAUUGAGGCACAAAUUAAAUUCGUUUUGUGUUUAUAUAUUUUAUCUCGUUGUCACUGUCAUAGUUGUUUUUUAGGGCGUGUUUACGAAAGAAUCGAAUCUAAACAAGGCGAGAGAGCACUCUUUGUUAGUAUCCAAGCGACCUCCGUACGUGACAAUUUUGACAUUAGUACGAGAUGCUGCUGCAAGAUUGCCAAAUGGAGAAGGCACUAGAGCAGAGGUAUGUCUUCAAUGUUCAAGUUUGAUCACGUGUUUAUACGACGAUUACGUGGCUGCAUGAGUUUUCAAACACAGCCGUGUUAGCUGCUAAAUUACAAUAAUAUUCUCGUGAAGUGAAAUACAUGCAUGAUCUUAGCUUUAAUCAGCGUUAAAAUUAUUUUCUAUUUCAGGUUUGCCUUUUGUUGAAAGACUCUCAAUAUAUAAAUCCAACUGCAACAGAUGGACAGGUAUAUGCGUUGCUCAAUUACCUCAUGUGCAGCCAGAAUUUGCUUUUCUUUAUACAAAAUCUCAAGUGUCUUAUUAUUUAUAGAUCCAUACAGUUGUGAGUGGAGCCCUGGAUCGUCUUCAUUACGAGAAAGAUCCUUGUGUAAAAUAUGACAAUGCACGCAAAGUUUGGAUAUACCUGCAUAAAACUAGAACUGCCGAAGAGUUUGGUGAGAUUUGCCUUUAUUUUCUACCAAUAGUAUUUCAGUAACUAAUAAUUUAAAUGGUCAAUACACCUUUUCGAUAAUUACAUCAUGAACACGUUCUUGGCCUGGGAGCCUCGCUCUCAUGAAUCAAGACGGAAGGCGAUUGGCUCACGAUUCAUGAAAAUGAGGCUCCCGAGCCAAGAACGUAUUCAUGACGUAAUUAUCGAAAAGGUGUGAUCGUCCAUCGUUUUUCGAUGAUGACUGAGAUGUCAAUGGUUGUUCUUUCUCAUUCCCUACAUUUGUUCGCUCGUACAAGAGCGGCGCAUGUACGAGCGAACAAAUUUAGGGAAUGAGAAAGAACAACCAUUGACAUCAUCGAAAAACGAUGGACGAUCAUAUAUAUAUCGAAAAGGUGUGUUGUGGUUUUGUAGCGCAAGCUGCUUUCUCCAAAUAUUAAACAAUUGGGUAAAUUAUCAAAUUGGGUUAAUUAGUGUAAGAACCACUGUUCUAUCCUCUAUGCAAAGCCAGGUUCUCUAGUGGUGAAUCCAGCAAGGUUUUUUCAGGGGGGUGGUAGGCCAGCAGCCAUGAAGCACACCGAACACAGAGCACUGGCCAGCGGCGUACUGUCAUGAAAGUGCACUUGGUAGCUUCGAGCUUAUACAAUUUACAUAUAUGUUGAAUAAAUAUAAUUUAAUAAUUAUAUAAAAUAUAAAUCCCCGAUUCUCUUGAUAUACUGUGAUUGUGUGAAAGACAAAAUGGAAAUUUUUCACAUUUCAAUAUUUGAUUGCUUUUGUAUUUUUUAUUUUUAUUAUCAAAUACCUAUAAUGUUAGACGUUUGCAGCAAAAUUAUUAAGAAUUUGCUUUAUUUAAUCAAAGUAUCAAACUAAAAAGUUACUAAUAUUGGACUUGGUAUAUUGAACCAGUGCUGUGGUGCUGCCUUGAAUUCCAAGUUUAAGACAGAUAACAAACUUUGAAUACCUCAAACAUUUAAAAUUAAAAUUUUUGUUUAAUUUUUUGCAUCCCUCCCCCUUGCACCCUUGUUGACCAAGGCCAUCAGUGGCGCACAUCUACCCCACCCACCCCUAUAAAUCCACCACUUGGGUUUUCACUAGACGAAUGUAUUCACGCGGGGAAUAAUCAAACACAGCUUAAUCAAAGUUUUAUUGUUUGGCGUAUAGAGAAACUUCAUGAAGCAAGUGCGGCUGCAGCCCGUGCAAAGAAACAACAGAACCAAAAACAGAAGCUCUUGAAACAGCAGGUUGGUGAAAUAUGGUAAAUUAAUUCAGUAAAAAGGGGAUCGUCGUGGAUAUGUGUUUGGCUCGCUGAUAUCAAAAUUUAGAGCAUCUGCUAUUAAGUAUAUAAGCCACUGGCAUGCAGUCAUAUCGGCAUGCAGUCAUACCAAAUUUUCUGUGGUGUUUUAGGCUUUUAAAAAAAAGGGAAACUUACAUGUUGUAGUAUGUUGUCUAAUUGGAAAAUUGGUCCUUUCUGCCUUAACGUUUCUCACAAAUUACUGCCUUGUGCAUCAAUAUAAAAGUGCCCAUGGAUCAACAUAAAAAAUGGGAAGCCAUUUUUUUUGGGGGGGGGGGAGAUCUAUGUAACCGCCGCCAUAUUGGAUGAAUUUAACUAAGAAUUACUUCGUCGAACUUGAAAAUAUAUUUGUCAUUUAAAUAUCCUGGGAAUUAUUGUGAAUGGCGCGUUAAGAAAGGGAAACUUGAUUUUGACCUUUGGAAACCAGUGCUGAUGUUUUGGGCAACACACACUUUGAAAUGACCAGUUCUCGUAUGUUUUCCACUUGUACAAUUAUUACUUGAAUGGCCCACAAAUCAACGCCCGUGAAAGAGAGAGAUAUAAAGAUUCGAACACGCUUAAUAGUUACUAUAGAAUCAAAUUAUAGAUUUGAAUGUGUUUUGUAAUUUUAGCAAAAAGCAAAGGAAGCGGCUAUUGGUAUCCCGGACAUUUCACUUCCAUCGACAGUUUCCGAUGAGACUGAAGGUCCGAAGAUGAACUUACCUGUUCUUAAUAUUGGAUUUCCUGAUGCCACGAAGACAAAGAAACCAGCUAAGCCCAAACGGCCGCCGUCAGCAAAUCCGAAGAAGCAGGAUAAGACGAAGGCAAAACCGCAAAAUGAAAGGUACUAAAUGUAACACUAGGGAAACACUCCCUGUCCCCUAAACGUCCUUAAUACGCGUCGUGUUUUAUAUGUGAUAAAACACGAAUUAAUGACUCAGGGUCAUUUAAAAAGGUCAAUUUUCAACCAUGCGUGAUAUACCAUUGAAGUUAAGCAAAUUAGCAGUAAAUCAGUGUCAAAAGGUUUGGGGGAAUGACAUUUGCAGUGACAAAAGAGUCCGUCUAGGUUGUAAACAUAAAUUCGUACCAUGGCCGGGUUUUGAGGCAGGCAUUUAGCCAAGGUAUCAAAACUGACCGUCCAAAAAAUACCGUGGUAAAAAACAUGGCACUUGAAAUAAUUUUCAUUGGCUCAUAAUUCAGCGUCUUUUUGACAAAAAAAUAUAGAAGCAGUUGCAAUAGCAAGCUACAGUACUAACGUUUGAGGUUUUCAAAAAAUGUGUCUUCAAAUGCACUUCCCCUUGAAAAAAAGUCAAAAGAUGGAUCAAAGUCGAAAUCUGACGCAAACUUAACAUUUAACUUUAAUGUUUGUUACUAAACUAGAAUACACUUAAACUAAAAUCGAAAAAGUGAUAAUCAUCUCUGCCAAGGGAGAAAUCUUGUAGUAUUGUAACGAGGGGGAAGUUGGAUGAGUCGUAUAGUCAUAAUUCAUGAACACAUUCAUAAAUAUGUACACUGUACACAUAACUGACUUCAGUCACAUAAUUCACUACGUUCUGAGCGCUAAGCCGUGGGCCAGACCGGCACCUUCAGUUUCCAUCUCCUCCAGCAUUUCCACAAAAAUCCAGCCUUGAUUCAUAAGCCCAAUAUUUUGUAACUGACAUUGAAUGAUAACACAGCACAUUUUAUUGCAUGUAUCACAAAACUUUCAAUCUAUCCCAUAUUGGUUAUUACUCUCACAAGACAAAUGACGACUCUUUAGGGUCGUGUACCUCUCCGAUAUUUAACGAUAGCAGGCAAGUCCCUAUUGCACAUAAAUCGUAAAAAUGGGUGAUCAAGCACGGCGUAGAACAUUUAAAGUGGUUUGUGAAGUGCACAACAGCCACUCAAUCUGAGAGAGAGAAAACAAUUAUUGACGUUUCCAGCAAAGGCCUUUCGUCAGGAGACCAGGUUGCUAUUCGUUUAUCGCACUUUCUGCAUCUUUAGUAAAUUUUAAACAUGGAAAAAUGCAAGGCGAAUGAAAUGGACGUUAAAAUUAAAAUUAAAGCAGCCAUCUGUUUAUCUAAAUACUAAGCAAUACUUGAGAGUUUCUCCUGUUUGUUUGUUUUUUAAACUAGCAUGGAAAUGACUACCCAUGAUCUUACUACCAUUGUUCAACCACCUCUACCUCCUAUGCCCAUGAUGGAUGCUGUGUCGCCUGUACAGCCUUUUCGCGCAGUCACACCUCAGCAGCCUAUGUGCAUGGAUCAAAUUGAUAGUCAAGAUAGAAAUCUACUGCAUAAUCGACAGCCUGGCAGUAAUUUCCAAAGAACGUCAAGAUUAAAUUCUCCGUAUGUACCUGUCGAUCAACCUGGUAAGCUCUAGAAACGUGUGUAAUGUUUACGCAUCACGUUUGGAUUAGUCAUGCUUGGAGCACUGAGCUCAUUGUUUUAUACUUAGGGUAGCAAUAGUGCCAUUCAGUCACAGUCCAGUGAUCGGAAUGUUCCAUUGUCUUCAGUCAAUGUUUCCCAUAUUUUCCAAUUGCCAUGCCAUCCUGUCACUCAUUGUUAUGAUUAGCUCAGGCAAUCAAUGAAACCGAUCUAGAAUCAGUGGGCCAGUGUUGCAACACACACACCAUGGUUAAUAGACGUAGAGCACACACAUAGUGUAUAAUAUCUUCCCUCUUCUUCAGGCCUAGAACGCAUUUCUUCAGGUUAUGGUGUGGAUAUGGAUCAAAGUGGUGGUGGUGACGUUGAUAACGGUAGCGAUAUUAGCAGUUCUGGUGAUGGUGAUAGUGAUAGUGAGACUGAAAGCAGUGGAGUUGAUGAUGUAAUCUCGCAGAGAAUAUCUAUAUCUCAACAUCAAGGUAAUAUAGAGGAAUUAAGAGUGCAUGUUCGUUUAGACUACCUCGACGUCUACUACAGUGUCAAUAACAGGACUUGGUGCACAAAGAUAGCUUGUGAAGAUUCGCCUCGGAAUCAAGCCAAAAAUUUACGUUUAGGAUUUCAGAAGUAUUAAAUCUGUCCAGAUUUACAUGUAUGUGUUCCGUUUUAUUCAGUUUUGUAAAGUUUUAUUCCGUGUAAAAAAAAAUUGUUCAGUUUUAUAUUCUGUUCAGAAUUUCUCCGUGCUUUUUGGAAUUACAGAUAGGAAAGUGUCUGAGCAUGCGCGAAAACUACGCAUGUAUUCUGCGGAAUAUGUGUUUCCGCGCGGUUGAUGCAACCAAUCAAAAUCCUGUGUUUUGCAGAUGGACCUUGCCAUACAUUUGUUUACUACACGAUAAACGUCGAAUGCUGUGAUAACAACCUCGUUCCCAGGCUUUUUGACUCACGCAUGUUGCGAAGCAACAUCUGUGAGUCUUUGUGGUUACUUUAGUGUGGUGUGAGUGUGGGGCAGUUAAAUAAUGGGCAAUGACCAGCCUGCUUUGCGCGCACUGUUUGCCUGCGAAUCGGGUCUUUCAGGACCGGAAAUCGGGCUGAAGCACGCGUUCGUUCUUUUGAUUUCGCAAAUGAAGCACGACAAAUGGGUGAAAUGGCAAAAUUCGCACGGUGCCCGGUUUGCAAAAACAACUUCAAAUUGCUCUAAUUCCAAUCUCGUUCCCAGAGUAUGCCUGUUCGCGGGUUACACGAGAUUGCUCUAAUUCUUUCUGUCACUUUCAUUUGAUCGUAUCCGUGAGUCGGCCUCAACGGCCGUUGACUCUGAAUCUACUUUUAUUCCUUUGUAUAAGUUAAAUUUAUUUAUUAUUUUCAUUUCCUCCACUAUCUUUAGAUCCCAGUUUGCAGUACGGAGAACAAAGAAUGCCAUUUAACAGCGUUAUGUCAUUGUUUCAAAACAACCCAGAUCCUCAUCAUGGGUAAUUACAUUAAUUAAAGAACUCAGGAAAUAUUUCAGAAAUGCUAAAUAAUAAAACUUUCGUGUAUCAAAAGUUCCUCUUAUUUCGCUUAUGGGAGCGUUGAUAAUUUACCUAGAGGGGGCUAUGGUAAUUUCUUGGGGAGUCAUCAUUUUGAACAGUGCAAUUUAGCGGGCUAUCAAAGAUUCCCCAAAAAUUUUGCAGAGACUUGGGGGAGGAUCACCAAAACGUUUCCUAAAAUUUUCAUUUCUGUUGUGAUUAACUGUAUUUGUAUCCUGUUGCCCGAGUCAAGCUUUGAGCAGAAAAUAUUAUAUUAACAAUAUUCACUAUAAAUUUUUACGCCAAUCCUAACUAUUAUACACUGCACGUACAUGCAGGUAUUUAAGAUUGGCUUUUAAGCCUAGGUUUAGUUUGAACUGUGUGAUCAAAAUGUGUUGAUCAAAUAUACUUUGAAGACCUUUGCUCGAUGUUAUGAGUAAAGACAGCUGCUCAUUAUCAAAUUAAAUAAUUUGGUCAAAGAAAUAUUGAUAAUUUAAACUAGCCUUUAAAUCCAUACCUAUAGCAAAUGAGUGUAUAUAUGCACAGUAGGUACUAUUAACAGGUUUUUCACUUUAAUAAAGUGAUGCUAAAUAGUUGUACAUAUGUGAAUAGCAUUUGCUAUACAGUCUUUGGAUCAUGUUUGUAUGAAUAAUACUGAUCAUAUUGUUGAAAUAAUUUCCUCGGCAUAGUUAAAAUAUAGUUAAGAUAUAGUUAAAAUAAGAUAAUUGCAAACAAUAUUAUUCAUGCAGUUUUUUGAUUGUAUAACAGCAGAUUAUUAAUAAAGAUAUGUUGAUAUUACAA